GGUACAGUGCCGGAAUAUAUAAAUCCGUAGAAUUCUAGCCUACCUAAUCAGUUGGAAGCUACUACAAUCAUGAUAAUGAUUGGAAAGUUGGCUGUGCUUUUGGUAGUGUUUUUUGUUUUAACAAUUGCCUCCAGUGACGUACUUGACAACGAAGUGAACGGCUGCAAUUUGCCAACUGAACUCAAAUCCGAGAUCGCUUCUUAUGGCCCGACAGUGAACAGAAUCAUAGAUGCUCUCACGAAUGGCAAGUUCAAAGGGGGUGUUUACAAUGAUCUGGCAAAUUUUGUGGAUAAGUUUGGAGCCAGGUUGUCCGGGACGAAGAAUUUGGAGAAUUCAAUAGAUUACAUGUUGGAUUUGAUGAAGAACCGCAGUUUGGAAAACGUCCAUGGUGAACAUGCUAUGAUUCCUCAUUGGCAGAGGGGGGAUGAAUCAGGAGAACUAUUAGAACCCCGAAAAGCCAAAAUUGGAGUUCUGUCUCUAGGAAGUUCUGUUGGAACACCCUCUGGAAGCAUUCAAGCAGAAGUUCUUGUUGUCCGAUCAUUUGAAGAGCUUGAACAAGCAAAUUUUUCCCAAGCAGCCAAAGGUAAUGAUAAUAUUUUUCCUUUCUUAAUGCCACCAUGCUACUUCUGCAACAAUAGGUGCCUGGAAAAUUAUUUCACAAAAUCAUUGAGUUGUGAAGGAAUAAAAUUCUUCCACCGUUUCUUAUUUUGCAUCCAUCGAAAUGUUUACUCUAUCACCAACUUAUUUAUUUUUCAGGAUAGAGGUCAAAAAAUUGUUAUCAAGCUGAAAACACACACCCAUUCCCAUCCAGAUUCACCCUCUAGAAACGUAGUGGGUGAAAUAGUUGGUAGCGCCAAACCAGAAAAAAUACUUUGCACGAACUGUCGGAUUCUUAGAAAAAAUUCGAUUCCAUUGAAAGAUUUUAUAUCUGCUUUCAGAUCUGUUCUCUGGACAGCAGAAGAACCAGGAUUAAUAGGAGCUCAGGCUUACAAUAAAGCACAUGCAAGUGAGCUGAAGGACCACAUCUUCGUCAUGGAAUCAGAUGAGGGAACAUUUACACCCCUUGGUAUUGAGUACAACGCUGGGCCGAAAGGAGGCUGCAUUAUACAGGAAAUUUUGAAGUUGUUGUCGUCAAUCAACACCACUCAAUCAUCCUAUGCAGAUGCAGUUGGUUCUGACAUCACAAUUUGGGCUGGUCAAAUACCUGGUGGAAGUCUUCUCAAUGCCAAUGAUAAGUAUUUUUACUACCACCACUCUGCCGCGGAUACCAUGGAUGUGUUGGACCCAGACAGUCUGGAUAAGGCAACCGCUCUUUGGGCUUCCGUAGCCUUUAUCAUUGCUGAUCUCAAAGAUGAGUUUCCCAGAGAUUUCAAGAAGGACACUUUGAAUGAUUCAGUAUUGCUGAAAAAACUGAAAAACUCCAGCCAGCAGAGACCAAGAAGUCCAUUAUAGAGUGGAAUUUUAAAAUAAAACAACAAGUAUUACUUGGCGUAAUUUUAUGUAUAUUUUUCAAACAUAUAUGUAAUAUUUUAUUUGAAUAUUAUAUUUGUUUUAUAUAU